UGUGUGUGUGUGUGUGCGCGCGUUGAAGUGUUGACAUCUUGCACAUGUCCACUGCUCUUGUUUAGUUCUUGGAGAUUCGCAAGGAGUAGGCUCCCUUAUCAGAUUUUUUUGGACUUCCUGGCUACAUGCACAAUAAGUCAAUAUAGCUACAACAUUUGUGCCUACCAUGCAAAUUGUGUUUUAGGCUAUAGCCAAAUAUACUGCAAAGACAACGGACCGAUACAAAGGAUUGGGAAACAACAAACUCGUCGGCUUUUAGUUCUGGGAUUUCUACCCUGCCCGUCGCAGUGUCAGUUAAAUCACCGCGGAGAAAAAAUGUGUCCAAUUGUAAACCGACUGAAACCUGCUCUGGCCUACACGCUGUGCCUCCAAACAACCGGGCACUUGCGUAAAGUUCCAGCCCACGUGGGCCCGGGCUUACGCACCAGCAAGCAGCCUCUAGAAUCAGUCAUCAUACGACCUUACUGUGCCGGGAUGGCGUUGGGAAAAGGGCCUUUCUUCAGGCAGCUGUUUGAGUCGGUGAGCAGCACCUACACCUAUCUACUGGCUGAUACAGAGAGCAGGGAGGCGGUCCUCAUUGAUCCAGUACUGGAGACAGUGGACAGGGAUCUGAAACUUGUAGAGGAACUGGGUUUCAACCUGAAAGUGGCAGUGAACACUCACUGCCAUGCAGACCACAUCACAGGCACGGGACAGCUGAAGAACAGGCUGUUUGGGAUGAAGAGUGCCAUCUCCAAGCACAGCGGGGCCAGUGCAGACAUCCUGCUAUCGGAGGGAGAUAAGAUCAGCUUUGGCAAACAUUAUCUGACGGUGAGGGAGACUCCAGGGCACACAGACGGCUGUGUGACGUUGGUGACAGGGGACCAGAGCAUGGCUUUCACUGGGGACACACUGCUAAUCAGGGGCUGUGGAAGGACAGACUUCCAGCAGGGCUGCUCUAGGAGGCUCUAUGAAUCAGUCCACCAGAAGAUCUUUACAUUACCUCCUCAGUGUCUCGUCUUCCCUGCACAUGACUACAAAGGUCAGACGGCCUCCACCGUGGGCGAGGAGAGCAGGUUUAACCCCCGCCUGACUAAGAGCUUGGAAGAGUUUGUGGAUAUCAUGACCAAGCUGAACCUCCCCAAGCCUGCUAAGAUAGAUAUUGCGGUGCCUGCAAACCUGGUGUGUGGACUCCAUGAGGUUUGAAUGUCAAAUCGAUUUUUAGGAUUUCACUUUAAGCACUAUUGGGAGGAAGAGGGAAAUGUAUUUUCACCUGGCCACAAAUGAAUGUUUUAAAUAUUUUGUGUCUAAGAAGUAACCAAAACUAAAGCUUGUCAAAAAUGUAAGAAUGUAUAUAUUUUAUUUCCAAUAUGAAUACAAAUUCCUCCUUGUUUGCCUAUGAAAAAAGCAGUGUUCAUGAUUUGGUGGGUGUACAGAUGCUGAAAUUGUAUAGUAAAAGAUGCAUUGAAAUACAUGAUCAUAAAACAUACCCAUGUACAUUGUGACAUUUCUAAUCCAAUCUUCUGGGAAAAUGUGAACAGUAAAAUGACCUAGUUUUAUAUUAAAUAAAGAUUCUUCAACUGUAAA